AUGGCGCUCCGUCUCUCUGCUCCGUUCCUCACCUCGCGCUUUACGCCGUCGCAGGCGUCGGGCCCGCGCAGGCGCACCCGGGCCCGCUCUUUCUCUCCGUCCGCCGAUGCGCGGGCCGCGUGCUUCAGGAGACCCUACACGUCUGUUCUAAUUGUCCCCACGGGCGUCGGCGCGGUCGUCGGGGGCUUCGCCGGCGACGCCCUUCCGGUUGCGCGGGCCGUCACCGGCGUCGCCGACUGUGUCAUAUCCCACCCAAACGUAGGCUUGGUGUUGGAUUCUGGAAUCGAGGAAGACCUCCGGCUGCGCCACUUGCAGGUUGCAGAUGCCACUAGGGCUUCUCUUGGCUUGCCUGUAGUGGAGUACAUUGUCACAGAUGCUCCUCUGGAGAUCAAGACAUGGUUUGAUCCCAGGUGUGGGAAGUCGACAGGGAGUGUUGGUAACUCUGAUUCUCUUCUGAGAGCAGUUGACGCACUAGUGAAUCAUUCAGAUGUGAAUGCUGUGGCGGUAGUUGCACGCUUUCCAGAUGAUGACCCAAAAGAUUCAGAUUGUUACCGGGAAGGAAAGGGUGUUGAUCUAUUGGCAGGAGUUGAAGCAAUUAUCAGUCAUCUAAUUGUGAAAGAAUUCAAAAUCCCUUCUGCACAUGCUCCUGCAGUGUUACCCCCACCACUCAGCCCAAUAGUAUGCCCUAGAUCUGCUGCUGAAGAGAUUGGAUAUACAUUUCUGCCUUGUGUGCUUGCUGGGUUAAGCAAUGCUCCACAGUAUGUCAUGAGGAAAGGAACCUUGGACAAUGGUUGCAUAGUGGCUGGUGAUGUUGACAGUGUUAUUCUUCCCAAAGACUCUUGUGGAGGAGAUGGUACACUUGCUUUUGCUCGAGCUGCAAGAAAGAACAAGCCCUUAAUCAUUACCGUACAGGAAAAUGAGACAGUGCUUGAUGAUACUCCAGACAGGUUCGGCAUAGAAGCGCUGAAUGUCCGGAACUACUGGGAAGCGAUUGGAGUCAUUGCUGCUCACAAGGCAGGUGUCAAUCCAAAUGCUCUUAGAAGACAAGGGAUUGAUCAUCUUAAGAGCUCUAGACAAUUAUACUCUGCUCACUCUUCAAGUCCUAAGCCUUCUGCCCGUCCUCCAGUGCACGAUAAAAUGGUUUCCAAAACCAAAACUUAUCUGUUGAAUCAUUUGCCAUUCAACCACUCAAUCCACGGCCCCUACCUUGUUCCUUCCGUGACAAGUGGAACAGUGAGAGAUUGUGUACAAGGUGCCAAAGGCCACCAUGGAUUCAGGAACCGACCGGACCCCAUAACUACAGAGCACGCAAGCACAAUCAGAAGCAGCACGGGCGAGAUACGCCAGCCAGGUCUAUUCAUGGAGAUCAACAAAGAAGCACUUGAAGCUGGAGCAAACACAAUGCUGAAGAUCGCAGCUUCUCUACUGGGCAAGAAGCUGGGCAAGGAUGGACAACUGCUGUCGAAGGAUGGUGGUGAUGACAACAAGCAGGGAUGA